AUGGGGUUUGCGCCUGAAUUGGUGAUCAAUUCCUGGGCGAAACUAUACGAGAUUCUCGCACAGACUCCGGCCCUGCCGCCACUCCGCGGCUGCCUCGCGUCGCAGAGUUUUCUCGACUCGCACGGCGGCCGGUCUCCGGCAGGCCCGAGCAUCAAGAGUGUGCAUCUCUGUGAAUGCCCGGGCGGUUUCAUUGCUGCGACAAAUCAUUUCAUCAAAACCAAAACAAAAGGCGCCCUCGGCCACGUGUGGCGCGCCGUCUCGCUUUCGCCGUACCACGAAGGAGGCAAUCCUUCUGAGCUGCUCGACGACGACGUGCUGUACAGACACACCGAGGACCUUUGGCUCACGGGCUACGACGAGACCGGGGACAUUGUGAAGAGGCGAAACAUCGAAUUCAUUUGGAAUCACACAUCCAGGGAGCCGAGAACCCGAGAAAACCCCACGCCGUUCGGCCUGGCGGACCUCGUCACAGCCGACGGAUCCUUCGACGUACAGUUCGCGCCGCACCUGCAAGAGGAGCUGACGGCGCCUCUUGUUUUCGCCGAGGUCGUUUGCAUGCUCGGCCUCUUGAACAUAAAAGGCACUGGCAUCGUCAAGAUGUACGGCCUUCUCUCCCACCAGUCGAUCUCGAUUCUCGCCAUCUUAAGCAUGUGCUUCAACCAUGUGGUUUUGGCGAAACCCUCCAUGAGCCGCCCCGGGAAUUCUGAGCUCUACGCUGUCUGCCUGGAGUUUGUCGGCAUUCGCUCUUCCUUUCUGUCUGUUCUCUCACGUCUUGUCGACUCGGCCCACGACGUUCUCGGAAAGCAAGGAAAAACUCUCAUUCCCAAACACUGGAUUCCCGAGGAAUUUCUUCAAGAGUGCGUAGAAGCUGCCAGGUUCUUCGCCUCGCACCAGAUUCAGCAGAUCGACCGAAAUCUGUCGCCGAUAAACUUUCAAGACCGCAUUGUCAAGGACGUUCACUUCAUGACGGACUGGGCGAGGAAUCCGUUCACCAACUCGACCAGGAGAGCCACGAGACGAAGAGUGCAGGGCACGCUGCAAGACCGCCAGCGAUGCCAUGACCUCUUUGAGGCGCUGCACGCAGCUCGACAGCUCCAGUGGGAGACAGCGGCUCGGCUUAUAGACGAGGAAGAUGGACGAGGGGCCAGAGGCAGGGCAGCAGCAGGGAGACGGAUCCCUUUCGUCAAGCCUGAAGCGGCAGUGCGCGCGGUGUGCGCGUUUGUGGAGGCGCAGCGGAAGCAGGCCGAAGACGGGAGCGGGCAAAGUUCAGCUCUCGCUGUGAAGGAGACAGAGUCUCUCGCUCAGUACCUGGAGCUGUUGCCGCGAUCGGGCGGCCGGAUCGACCACGAGGAUCACGAGUCACCGGAGGCUUACGAUCCGACCGGUCCAGGGGGGGCCCCAUCGAAGCGCCUGCCGUUUUGGCUGAAUCUUUUCGGGCUGCACAUGAAGCCUCGUCGGACUGCGGCUUCACGGCAACCCGCGAGCCACUCGGGAGGCGGCGCGGGAGCGCCCGGCGACCUUCUCUCGUUCUUCGCGGGCAUUUCUGGACAGAGCCACGCCGCGGAAGAAGACGCCUCAGCAGACGCCGCCGGCGCGGGAAAUCACCUCGAAGAAGAACAAGACGAAAAAGAGCGCGAAGAAGAAAAGGAACAGCGAGAGCGGUGGACGAAGGAGUUAGGAGAAGGCCUGCAGCGAAAGGACUACCUCAGGCCAAAGAGUCGAUGGAUCACACCAGCUCUUGCCAUACGGCCCUUCGCUGUCCGUCUUUCCCGGUUCGCGGACGACCAGCUCAUGGCGUUGUUGAUGGAGAAGCGGACCCGACUCCCCUUUGUCCUGCCGUAUCUUCCGUCGGAUUACUUGGUCUCCGAGGGCGACCGUUCUUCCUCUUUCGCUGCGGCUGCGCCCGUCUCGCUUCCCUCGAGUUUCACAGUCGACCUUGCCCUCGCGCUCCUGUGUCUCUGCCCCGCGUCGCCAGUCGCCUCUCGCUCACCGGACUCCACUCCGCGGGAAGGCGCACCCGGGCGAGGUCUGCAGAAGCUCCAAGCGUGGAGAGACAGCCUGGCACGCCGGUACCCCUCAGGCUACCUGGAAUUAUCUUCACAGGGGACAGAGGGUUGUACAGACGGCGAGGCUGGGGAGGCGCGCGCGGAGGGCGAGCCACCGGAACGCGGCGUGCUGCCGGACCUCGUUCGCCGAGCGCAAAUCCCCCUGUCCGGGGCGGUCCUCGUCAACGGAGUCUCAGCCUGUGAGGAAGACGAACGAAACGCUCUCGGCGACGGCUGCGGCGUUUCUCGCCUCCCGCCGUUCUUCGACAUCCCCGACUGGGAAGACGAACAAGCGAGGAGACAGAGAGAAAGCGAGGCAAACGCGAAAACACGCGAACGAGAGGGCCCAGGGCGUCUCGAUCUCCUGAACGAGUUCGAAAGAGGAACCAAGAGUGCGGAACUGAUUCAGAAAUUUACGUCGAGGUGCCUGACUGUUCGCGGUGGCGGCGACGGAAGAAGACCGUGCGCUGCUGGCCUCGUCUACGCUGACAUCACUGGUUUAGAGCGAACGGACUGUCAACGCGCCCCUCAGACACAGAUUUCUUUUCCUGUCUCCCCGGCUGUCUCUGCUUCAUCUCCUGCUUCCUUUUCUUUCGAGUGGCGUGAGGAGGACGUGGCCGACCAAGCAUUCGCCGAGCUCGCAGAAGCGGAAAUGAGGAGCGGCGUCCUCCUCGUUGGCCAGCUGCUCGAAGUGGGGAAAUCCUCUUCUUCUGACUCGUCCACCUUUGGAUAUCUGUAUCUCUCUGCUCUGACCGUCCUGGAGUCGAACGGCGACUUCAUUCUUCGCAUGCACUCCGCGUACAUGCGGUUCACAGCCAGUAUUGUCCUGCUGCUUGCCGGCGCCUUCUCGAACGCAGCCUUCUUUGCACCCGCCUCGCUGGCCGUGUGGCGAAACCAGCGCUUCUUUCUCGGCUACGCCUUGCGGCCCAUCGAAGCCGCAGAGACAAAGAAGAUUCUCGGCACCGUCUGGGACAGGCUCGUGGACACGCGAGCGAAAACCAAGCGCGAGGAAGAAGGAAGAAAGACACUCGAGGGCCCCGCGGGAGGGAACUCCAGGGAGAAGAACCAAGACGAAUCCAUCUGGACGAUUUCUCAAUGUCUGCCCGCCAAGCUCUUCACGGGCCUUGUCCCUUCCACCUGGCUCUGCCGCUGGAACGACUUUUUCCUGCGGGCGCAGAUUCGCGACGUGGACCGUCGACUCGCGCUGCUGGCCGCCGCGCGGCGCCGCCUGCUGGAUGCUGGCGACUGCUCGUCUGCAAAACUUGCGUCUUCGGAACGCGCGAGCGCGGGUGUCUGUGCGACGUCGGCCGAGGCAGAGCGCAUGCACAAGAAGCCGCGGUAUGGGGGCGAGGCCCCGUGCAUGCAGGAGACGUGCUGGAACGCCGCAACGGCAGAUACUGAGACGAAGGCCGCGGAGCAGCGCGGCGGCAGUCCGGCAGGAGUCUCAACAGAGGAGGACGUUGCCGGUGCGCUUUUGCUACAGCCGCGAAGCAAACGGGAAAAGGUUGUUGCGCGUUUCCUGGAAAGACUCGGAGUCGCCGAUUUUCUGCUCCCCGAGGCUUCGCCCUUCCGGCAGUGCCGCUCUGGUUCGGGCGCCUCGAAGAAAAAAGCGGGCCGGAAGGCAGAAGAUCGGAGCGACGAAGGCAAGAAGAAAGAAGACAAGAGCGAGGAAGACAAGGACGGGGACGGCGCGCGUGAAGAAGAGAAAGCGAAGCCUUCUGCGGUGCCGUGGGAGUCGCUCUUGACGGAGGCUGCACAAAGCAGCGACCGCGUGUGGGGAAAUGUGAAGUUUCUUUCGCUCCAAGCAAUCUGUCGAGCCGCCGUCGGGGACGGCGUCCAACGCGACAACGAGGAGGUUUUCUGGCGGGGCAGCGUGUAG